AUGGCGAUGGUUUUAGAUGCUUUUGUGAACAUUUUCAUCGAGAAGCUGGCCGAUCUCAUCCAAGACAGGGUUGUGAUGAUGCUGGAGGUGGAUGACGAGUUGCAGAAACUCAAGGAAAGUCUGGAAACAAUUAUUUGCCUGCUGAAGGUUGCGAAGAGGAAGAAGAUCCAAGACUCGGCGAUCGGUAGCUGGGUGAGCAAGCUGAAAGAUGUCAUGUACGAAGCUGACGACAUUAUCGACCUCUACAAAGCGGAGGGUGGCAUACUCGCGGAGGAAGAACUAUCAUCGGCGUCGUUGGGUCAACGGGUACGCCGUUGCUUCCCUCUUCUCUCAUGCUUUGUUGGUGUUCCCUUUCGUUAUCAAAUUGGUAACAAGAUUAGGGACCUGAAUGAUCGACUCCAGCAUCUUUCUAAUGAUAACUUAAGCUUUAAUAAGCUAGCUUCUAUCAAUCGACAAGCCUCAAUAAGUGCCAUUACCAGUAAAACUUCUCCGCUUGUGCCGCCGGACAUUACCGGAAGUGACAUUUAUAUGGCUACAGAUAAUCUCAUUGGGUUGUUGAACAAGGGAAAUGAACGAUCGUGUCGCCUUUUUGCUAUCACGGGCAUGGGAGGAAUAGGGAAGACAACACUCGCACAGAAGAUAUUCAAUGAUUCUAGGAUUAUCGACAAUUAUGAAAUCAGAUUAUGGGUGUGCGUUUCAAAAGUAUAUUCCGAGAUCGAUCUGUUAAAACAGAUGAUAAGAGGAGCAGAGAUAGAUUAUGGGCAAGCAACGGAGAGAGCAGAACUAGAACCGAUGCUUAGAAGGGCUAUUGACGGAAAGAGCGUCUUUUUGGUGCUCGAUGAUAUCUGGCGAGCGGACGUAUGGGUAAACUUACUUCGUACUCCAUUGAGCAGUGCAACGGCUAUCAGAAGAAUCUUGGUUACCACCAGAGACGGAAAGAUCGCAAACCAGACGGGAGCCGUACAUAUACAUAAUGUCAAAUUGCUGCGUGAGGACGAAGGUUGGGAACUGCUGUGCACGAGCGCAUCGCUACAACGGAAGAAAGAUAUCCUAAACCUGAGAGAUAUAGGAAUUGGGAUCGUUCGGAAAUGCCAUGGUCUUCCUCUGGCAAUCAAGACAAUGGGAGGAGUUCUAAUGACAAAGGAGAAAAGCCGGGGAGAGUGGGAAAAGGUGCUCGACAAUGGUGCUUGGACUAUGAGCAAGCUUCCAAAAGAACUCAAGGGAGCCCUGUAUUUAAGUUACGAGGAUUUACCGUCUCAUCUCAAACAGUGCUUUCUCUACUUUGCACUUUUCCCCGAGGACCAUGAGUUUCAUCAAGAGGAUCUUGUUAGACUAUGGGUAGCAGAAGAAUACAUAGAAAAAGAAGGUAGCAGGUUGCCGGAAGAGACAGCCGAGGAGUACUACACAGAGUUUAUAAGGAGGAGCAUUCUACAGCCAAAUCCAGGGCUUGGAAAUAUAAAAACUACUAAGGUGCAUGAUCUGCUGCGAUCGCUUGCUCAAUAUUUGGCAGAAGAUGAAUGUAGCAACGUAAAUGCUCGUGAAAUAAAAUUCCCUACCAAGCAAAAGCUUCGUCGUCUAUCGAUAAUAGAGGAAGGGAAUGUGGCAACAAUACCUGAAGUUUUUUCCAGGCACAACUGCCUGAGAACCUUGAUGCUCUUCAGAAGCCCCACAACCGUCCUAAGUGAAUCCUUGGUAAGACUCCGGUGUCUCCGCUGCUUGUCUCUCAGAGGAACAGCAACCAGAAGCAUCCCAAAUUCCAUCGGGGACUUAAUUCACCUGCGAUACUUAGAUCUAUGCUCUACCAGCGUGUCCAGACUACCGGAAUCCAUCGGGCAACUUACCAACCUGCAAGUGUUAGACCUCCGCUCUUGCAAGCAUCUGUGCACACUGCCUCGGGGCAUUACCAGAUUGUGCAAUUUGAGGUGUCUCGAUCUUUUGAAGGCACCACUAGAACAUUUACCGGCGGGGAUUAUGAAGUUGAAACAGCUGAAUUUUCUCUCAGGGUUUGUGAUCGGUGAGCGAGGCAACGUUGGUAAUCAGAUGCUGAGUGUUUGUGAUUUGGAGGAGUUGAGGUCUCUUGAUCGGCUCAGACACCUCAGACUAGAUAGGCUGGAAAGGUACUCCUCUAAUGGGACUUCUCUGCUGCUGAAUAAAUCCCUUCUUCAGAGAUUAUGUCUCUCCUGCACAUCCGCUGUCGAACGACAAUAUUCGGAGGAGGAGACGAAUCAGAUACAACACGUGUUUGACAAUCUAAAGCCUCCACCAGGAUUGGAUGAUCUUAUAAUCGUUGGGUUUUUCGGCCGAAAAAAUCCAAGCUGGAUGCAGUCAUCGUCUUUGGCAACUUGUUUUCGUUGCUUGACGUGCAUGACUCUGAAAAAUCUUGCAUCGUGCUUGCAGCUUCCACCGCUGGGUGAGUUGCCGCAUCUGCAACGUCUGAAAUUUAGUGGAAGAUCAUAA